UGCCGUGUCUGCUCCGGUCGGAGAGCUGACUGAUAAAAAAAAAAUUUGUUAUAAAUUAUCACAUGUAAAUUUCUACAAAAUCUUAAUCCGUUAACCAUGGAUCUGAAUUAACUAAAAUAAUUUUUUACGACGGGAACACUACGUACACGGCAUUUUGGGUGAGGCUUUUUGCUUGCACUCAUACACAAGCACGCUUCGUAUACAUUCGAAUUCUGGUUUGUUAGUGAUUGGUCACAAAACGCACAGUUUCUUCCUUCAAUAGUAGAUAGUUCUUAUAUAUGAACUUCUGUUUUGUGUCCUAAAGCCAUACAUCCAUACGAGGCAGAGGCCAAAUACCCUUGUCGUUGUAUGUAAGUCAUGCCCAACAGCAACGACUUUUCCACAGAGCACUCCGGGAAGAUAUCCAAAAAUAUAUCGGCGAUCAGCAAUUUAUUUUCAACCGCCAUGGCCACGACUAAAGGUGGGAAUUCAGUCCCAGAGGCACAGACCACCAGCAAUUCUACUAAAAAUUCUGAAAAUUCAUUAAUAAAACACCAAGGGCAAAAAUGGCAUCAAGUCUUUGAUUUUGAUAAAAUGUUAAAGCAAGUACGAGCUACUGUUUCCGACAAGCAACAUCAUCGUAAUAAAGGGGAUAAUAGUUCGUCCUCGAAUAAUAAUGGGAAAAAUACUACGACCAAUUCAACAGCUUCAUCGUCAAAGGCCAGCGGUUCGUCUAAUUCCAAAAGUGCACGGUCUAUACGUCAAGUGCAACGUUUAAGCGGUAACGAUAUGCAUUACUAUGGUAUAGUUCCAAAGAAAACCUCGGCUGAUGUUAUCGUUUGCAGCAUAUGUCGAGGCAUUUACACUAUGGUCGGUUUCAACAAUCACAUGAUGAUGCAGCAUCCCUCCGCUUGGGGUGCUGUCUCGUCCAAAUUAGCCAAUAUGCCAACAGCAAAUGAGAUGAUCAAUUUAAUUUCCAAUGAUAAUAGUCAAGAUUGUUUGCGAGAUGGCUCAGGUUUAACCGCUCCAACUGAAAUUUUGGGUUCACCCUCAGAUCUAUCAGGGAUUUUGUCCACAUCAUCAAAUGCAUCAUCAUCGUCAUCCUCCAUAUCGACAACAUCUUCCACAUAUACGGCAACACCACGUCAUAAAAGCAGUAAAAGUGGUGGUACAACGGCUGGGAGCAGCUCAUCCGGUGGCAGCAGCAGCGCCAGUGGAAGUCGUUCGCGGAGUAAACAAUCGCGACACAGCAAUAAUAACAACCAUGCAGCUUCGGUCGGGAUUCAUACGUCCAGCAACACCAGCACGGAGAGUGCACAAGCGACGAGCAAAAGCUCCAAGAAAAACUCCAGCAACAGUUUAGGCUCGAAUACAAAUAGCCAUAAAAACGAAAAUGCCAAUAAUCCGCCGUCGGCAACAAUUUCGAAUGCCGGAACGCAUAGUGGUAAACAUAACAGGGAUGCGGGUACAAUAGACACAUCAGCCACAACACCAAUAGCUCUUUAUUCUUCGUCAUCCAAUUCUUCAUGCUCUUUACCACCAACACCAAAGCUGAGCACAACAUUAACUGAGGUCAAAAGUCCUGCUUUUGGUGGUCAGGAAUCGGUAGAUUCGUCUGUUUCUAGCUCUAGCCUUGAAUACGAACGUAUUAGCUCAGGUGGUAAAUCAGUAUCAGGCAAACCGUCGAAUGCUCCCGGGAAAAACUCCAAAAAUAAUGGAAAUUCCGGUUCUUCCUCAACUCACGCUUCAAAAGAAGUUGCGAAAGUUGCUGCAAUCAAAGAUAUAACACGCUUUGAUACAACACCACUAACUGAACUCGAUCAAGCUGUAUCCUCAAUAACUGAAAACACUGGCUUAAUCGACAAGAAACCGAGUGGAUUCGUUAAAAAUGUUAUGGAUACUACUAACUUAAAUAUGCCAUCAAGCAUUACCAAUAUUUUUCAAAUGCCAACUACUACAGCAAUUACAGAAAACAACAGUGAAAAACUACUGCAGGCGGCCAUGAAUGCGCCUACAACCAACGCCAAUAUGAAUGUAGUGCAAACGGUGAUGGCACCAAAUUAUGUGGUGCCUCAAGAAGUGACACAGACAUGUGACGAUGCAUUACCGCAUAACACAUCGGAUGACAAUUCCAUACUGACAUUUGACGAUAUGUUCGAUAGCAAAUUCAUUAAUGAGAUACUUAGCACAGCUGAUACUGAAAUACACUUUGAUGAAAAUGAAUUGGACACAGCAACUGCUGCACAACAGCAGCAGCAACAACAACAACAGACACAGGAUCAGCAUCAGGUGUUUCAGCAACAGGUGCCGCCGUCAGCAAAGCGCAUGCGCUAUGACGAAACAAUAUUAACGAGUGGACCACAACAGCAGAUUCAGCAUCAGCAACAGGGCCAUGGUGUUGAAAUAACCGGUGAAUUUGUAGCCUACCAACAGCAGCAACAACAGCAGCAGCAUCAACAAUAUGUGCCCUACAAUGUUGCUACACUUGAGGAUUUGAAAAUGUUUAAUAGCACCGGGCCGUUGGUUGAACAACACCAAUUGCAGCAUAGUACAGAUCAACAACAACAACAGCAGCAUCAACAACAACAACAGCAACUCACUGCCAUCGAUGCAAUGCAAUUGCAACAGUUGCUCUAUCAACAACAAACAUUAAAUAAUCACUAUGACACCAACAUGGUUGAUAAUUCCACAGAUCCGAACACUUUGGCUAUGCAUCAACAGCAAUACGAUCAAAGCGGUGUUGUUAGCGCAAAACAAUUAAUGGAUAUAUGCGCGUCUGUCGAUAUGAAAUCGAAUAAAUUGACCGAUUUUUCAACAUUGCCAACCACGGGCGGUGCCUAUGAGAACUCCUAUGAUAAUAUGACAGCACACUUCCAACUAUACAAUAUACCCUCACUCACAGAUGAUAAUGUAGACACUGUGGUUGAGCAAAUGGCUACUGGUGGAGAUGCUGGCUUGCUGCUGCCGAACGUCAUGCAACGUACAGCACAGCAAUAUGUGCUGCCUGGUGGAGUUGGUGAAGAUCAUUUAAUUUAUGAAAUAACUGACAACAACCAAGUGGCUGUUAUAAGCCAACAAAGGCAACAACAAAUGCUGACUGAAUUCCUAACACAAGGCAAUUAUGAUCAAGUCGGCACGGACAUAAAUGUAGGUGUUGCACCGACAACUAUUGAUGCUGCAAAUGCUGCUGGCGCACUGAUGCAACAAAACAACAACGGUGAUAAUAUACACUUAAAAGAAGUAAACGCAGAUAUUGAUGAUGAUUUGCUCGAAUUCGACUACUCACUUUUGGAUACGUACAAAACGAUCAGUAGUAGUAGCAGCAGCAGCAGUGCAAGCAGCGGCAGUGGCAACGCUAAAGCUAUUAAAACAGAACAGAACAGUUGCAGCAAUAGCAGUAGUAAAUAUUAUGAGGACGUUUACUUGAAUGCCUACCUUUAUGCGGGCAUACCGAAGCCAAUUGCCAUUAAUUGCUUUGGUCUCAUCAAGCUGCCAUUCGGUGCCGCAACAACAUUCAGGAAACACAUAUUAAACGCACGUAAAGCCAACAAUAGCCCCAUCACGUUAAGUGGUGGUGGCAUUAACGGUAUUGUAUGUUCCAACUCAUCUACCGCCGUACGUUUGUCCAACAAUUCGAAAUCAUCGAUGCAAAAUUAUUUCUCUAAUUUAACCGCAACUUCUAAUUCAUUGGUUGGCAGUGAGUUUUCCAUUGGCAGUAUUACCAUAACCAACUCGUCGGUUACGCAAAGCCAACUAUAUGCUGCACAACAAAAACAACAGAGCACUAGUAAUAACAACAGCAGCGGCGCUACUGGUGGCAACGUGGAGGUCACUUUCAAUACCAACUCCAAUGGCUGUGGCUCGGCUAUGUCACCGGUUUCGUCCAUGCAACGGUCACGCGCCAAAUCGGGUAAUUCCACGUCAGGCGGUGGUGCCACUCUAGUGCGCAGCAAAUCACAAACUGGCGCACCGAUUGCUGUGGUUACGCCCACCAGUCGCUUACCGCCACCACCACGUCCCAGCACUGCAGGUCCCGUGCUGGCGCAAAGCAGCAAAACAAUCUUUGUCAGCAACACACCCGGUAAUAGUAAUGAACGCAUCAAGUUCAUUAAGCGCUGCAUGCCGCUUAUCAAUAGCAACAAUAACAAUAGUAACGGUCGCAAUGAUGGCAGCAAGCGACCAAAGUUUUCACCACGUCAAAUAGCCGAUUUUUUGGGCGGUAUUAGUAAUAAUAAUAGUAAGAGUGGCAACAGCAGUAACGGCGCGCACAAAACCCUAACGACUCAGCAAACUAACGAUGCAGGUAAUAACGGCACUAGCAACAAUAGCCAUGAAACAGCUGUCACUGGCAACAAUAACAUUAACUCCACCGCCAACAAUGCAACUAAUGCAGAUGAACAAUUGAAAUUGGAACGCGUUGCACACUUUUAUGAACGACGCCGUAAGCUCUGUGAUUUGGCACGUAAUAACCGUCAGCAACAGCAGCAACAGCAGAAGCAGCAAGAACAACAACGCACGCAACCACCACAUGUGCAGCAGAACUUAUUAAAACAACAGCAACAACUAUUCAAAAUGCUAACUGAUUAUGGGCAAUUGAAUGCAGUGGUAGGUAACUGUAAGGGUGCUAAUGCGAAUCCAAACGCCAACAAUAACGGUACCAAUGACGUUUUGCGUAUUUCUGUUUGAAGUUACUAACCUAAAUAUAUUGGUAUUUAAUAAACUCUUCAAUAUGAACCAGGCAAAGAAGAAAACGUAAAAAUGUGGAUUUUGGGAAUAUGUUAAAAAAAUUAAAUUUUAGUUUAAAUAUAAUUUAGGUUUACUAAAGUAGAAAAAAUUAGUUCGUGGCGCCAGUAAAGUAUACGUAAACGUAUUUUCUUGAUGCAAAAUAGGGUUUGAAAAAUAUGCGCUUGAUCAAUGUAAUUAAAAAUAUAUAUGUAUGUAGAUAUUUAGUGACACAACUAUUGAGGGGAAAAUUUAAUAAUUUCGUUUAUGAAAAUAUGAAAAGCAACGCCUGCGCUAUAGUAUUUGGGUAGCAUAAGCAUUUGCAUAGUUGUCCAGAUUUGUAUUUAGUUUUUGCUUGAAAUUAAGUUUUUUUUUAUAAUUCUAGUUUUAUCGUAUCUAUGUAUGUAUUAUAGAUAACAAUAGCUACAAGAUAACUUUACAUUUACACAUACAUAGAUCUAUGUAUAUGUUUAACGAAAAAUGCAGUUGAUUCAUAAUUAUGUACUAUUUAUCGUUUCACUACUCCAUUAUCCAAUCUGAUGUAUCCGCUUCAAAUCAAGACAGACUGAAAGGUUUUUAAGCCUGUUUCUACAAUACAUACAAAUAGCAAACAAAUAAAGCAAGAUAAAAAAAUAUAAA